CUGAAUGCGGAGAGGGACAGAGACGUGAACGGAGACACGUUUCCUCUAUUUUCUCUUUCAUCAUACUAAAUCCUUCCUCUUCUCAUUAUCCUUUUCUCUUUCAAAUUCCUCUAAAAAAAACCUUCAAAAAAAAUAUCAAAUUAAUCACCUAAAUCAAAUUCUCUGUACCAUAAAAUUAAUUAAUUUUUUAGACAAUCCAAAAUAUUUAUUCAUCUCUUUGUAUAUUCCUCCAUUUCUCUUAAUCAUUCUCUUAGUUGGGUUUUCUUUUGAUCUUUUUUUGCCUCAAAACACCCCAAAAAAAACAUUUUUUUUGAAGUUGAAUUGGUGGUUUUUUUAAUAUAUAUAUUUUUAUUUUUGCCUUUAGUUUAGCUGCCUUUUUUCAUAUAAAUAAAAUUGGAAGUCAUGGAUGCACUUGUAACCUAGAAGAUUCAAUUUUUUAUUUUGGGUUGAGUUCAGGGUUUUUUUUCCCCUGUUCGAUUUCUUCUAUGGUUUUUUGAUUCUUCAAAAAAGGAGCAGUCUUUUGUUAUGCUAAAAAGGGAAAUUGGAGAAUCAGAGGUUAUAGCAAAUUGGGUAUUUGCUACCUUUGUUUUUUUUGGCUUUUGUUGCUACUAUUAUGAGGAAUAGUAGUAUUAACAGUGAUGUUCAACAACAGCAGCAGAAGAAUUUGCAAGGGAGAGUUAAUGGUAACAAUAUUAAUAAUAAUGGUUUUUUGCCGAGCUCGUUUCGGGCGAUUUCGAGUUAUUUGAGGAUUGUUUCGUCCGGUGCAUCAACGGUUGCGAGGUCUGCUGCGUCGGUUGCACAGUCUAUUGUGGAUAGGGAUGAUGAUGCCAAUCAUGAUCAGGUCUGCUGGGCUGGGUUUGACAAGUUAGAGGGUGAUGAUGAUGUCAUUCGUCAAGUCCUCUUAUUGGGAUAUCAGUCUGGUUUCCAGGUUUGGGAUGUUGAAGAAGCAAAUAAUGUCCGCGACCUUGUUUCCAGACAUGAUGGUCCCGUGUCAUUCUUACAAAUGCUACCAAAACCAAUAACAUCAAAGAGAUCAGAAGACAAGUUUGCUUACAACCGACCUCUUUUGGUAGUUUGUGCUGAUGGUGUUCAAGAUGGGAAUGUUUCUAAUAACCAUGACCCUGUUAAUGGUAGCACUGUGUCAACUGUUGUCCGGUUUUAUUCUCUUAGAUCUCAGUCUUAUGUACACGUGCUAAAGUUCAGAUCAGCUGUUUAUUCUGUAAGGUGCAGCUCUCGAAUUGUGGCUAUUUCUCAAUCAUCUCAGGUACACUGUUUUAACGCCACAACAUUGCAGCGGGAAUAUACUAUUCUUACAAACCCUAUGGUCAUGGGUUCUCCUGGUUCUGGGGGUAUAGGCUAUGGGCCUCUAGCAGUUGGUCCCAGGUGGCUGGCUUAUAGUGGAAGUCCAGUUGUGGUUUCCAAUUCUGGUCGUGUGAGCCCGCAACAUCUAACACCUUCUGUGAGUUUUUCUGGCUUCACUUCAAAUGGGAGCUUGGUUGCUCAUUAUGCAAAAGAAUCAAGCAAGCAACUUGCUGCUGGAAUUGUGACCCUGGGAGACAUGGGAUAUAAGAGGCUGUCCAGGUAUUGUUCGGAGCUCUUACCUGAUUCCCAUGGUUCCAUCCAAUCAGGGAGUCCUAGCUGGAAAAGCAAUGGAACUGUUAAUGGUUAUUUUCCAGAUGCAGAUAACAUUGGAAUGGUUGUUGUCAGGGAUAUUGUCAGUAAACUUGCUAUUGCCCAGUUUAGAGCACACAAGAGUCCUAUCUCUGCUUUGUGCUUUGAUUCUAGUGGGACCCUUUUAGUGACUGCCUCAGUCCAGGGUCAUAACAUUAAUGUUUUCAAAAUAAUGCCUGGACUCCAAGGAAGCUCCUCUGCUGGUGCAUCUCAUAUACACCUCUACAGGCUGCAACGUGGAUUUACAAAUGCAGUUAUACAGGACAUCAGUUUCAGUGAUGACAGCUACUGGAUUAUGAUAAGUUCAUCAAGGGGAACAAGCCAUUUGUUUGCUAUUAAUCCCUUGGGAGGAUCAUUGAACUUUCAAUCUUCUGAAUCUAGUCAUGUCAUGAAAAAUAGUGGAUUGGGAGUAAUGACCAAGCCGACUGUUCGUUGCCUGCCCAGUUUAGGUUUACAAAUGCAUGGUCAACAGAGCCUUUGUGCAUCUGGCCCCCCACUCACACUAUCUGCUGUCAGCAGAAUAAGAAAUGGAAAUAAUGGUUGGAGAGGCACUGUAACUGGUGCUGCAGCGGCUGCUGCAGGCAGACAGGGUUACCUUUCCGGUGCUAUUGCUUCAUCUUUUCACAAAUGCAAAGGCAGUAAUGAUAUGUAUGUGGAUGGAGCGUCUUUCAAGUCAAAGUACCAUCUUCUAGUUUUCUCUCCUUCUGGUUCUAUGAUACAAUAUGCAUUGAGGAUAUCAGCUGGUGUAGAUUCAAUGGCAAUUGCAUCUGGACUUAAUGCAACUUAUGAAUCAGCUGCGGAAAAUGAUGGAAGGUUAGUAGUUGAGGCAAUGCAGAAGUGGAAUAUAUGUCAGAAACAAAAUCGAAGAGACCGAGAGGAUAAUGCUGAUAUAUAUGGUGAGAAUGGGAAUUCCGAUAGCAACAAGAUACAUCCUGAAGGCAUAAAGAAAGGAAAUAGUAUAUAUCCUGAAGAUAGUGCAGUCACAAAUGCAAAGAUCAGCUCUGAGGAAAAGCAUUAUUUGUAUAUUUCCGAAGCUGAACUGCACAUGCACCAACCUCGUUUCCCAUUAUGGGCAAAACCUGAGAUAUACUUCCAAUCAAUGAUGACAGAGGGGAUAAAAGUGGAUGAUGCAGAUGCAUUGCAAGGGGAAAUUGAGAUCGAAAGAAUUCCAACUCGCAUGAUUGAAGCAAGGUCAAAAGACCUGGUCCCAAUUUUUGAUUAUCUUCAAACACCAAAAUUUCUACAUACAAGGGUUCCUUCCUUAGAUAGCAAUAGUAAUGGGCGUCUGCAGCAUCAAAGUUACGGGCCGUCUGAAAAUGGCAGGCUUUCUUGCAGGAGCAGCUCUGGCUCCCUUGACUCCAUGACUGAGAAUGGUGCUGUAGUGGCUGAACUUCACAAUGGUGUUGAAGAAACUGGGUGGAAUGGUUCUAGGAUGCCAGUAGAAACUAGGGGCAUUGUAAAUAGCGACGGCAGCCCUAAAACUAAUUCUCGGCUUGAGGUUGUAAAUAAUAGAGAGAGCUCAAGAACGGAGGCUCAGCUCAAGUUUGUAAAUAAUAACAAUGAAGGUCUGAAAAUGGAGAAUCAAUUUGAAAAUGAAGGUGAUGAAUUUGAUUAGAGGUGUGCAGUUAUUCUUUUAUUAUGUGGAAGGGUCAUUAACCAUGUUAAAUAUUGUGGACAAGAGUGAGGCUUAGGUGGUUUGACUGUGAAGCGGAAUUGUGGAUUACUGCUACUAUGUUACUGGGGUUUCGUACUUUUGUUCACUUUGUAAAUAACCGCCGAAUAUUCCCCCCAAUCAGUUGGGAUAUGUAAAUAAUAGCAUAACUUCAUAA